GCCGCGCCCGGCGAGGAAACCCGAAAGCCAAAGCAGGGCGAAGCCACCCCCCCCCUCUUCCGGGCGGGGCGGGAGGGGAGGCGCCGCCCACUCUUACUCGGCUUUUUGGCACCCGGGUUCUCCUCCCCUUUGCCCGCUCUGGUGCUCUGCGAGGGGAAGGGGCUUGCGGUGCCUGGCGGGGGGCUCGGCCGCCCCUCCUCCCCUCCCACACCGAUCCUUCAGUGGCGCGGAGCGAAGCGAAUAUGGCAUCGGAGACAGAUGACUUUUCACCCAGGUCUGGCACAAAGAAGCUGCAUCAGCCGACAUCAGUGGAUGCAUCUCCAGACUCUAAAUGUCCAAUCUGCUUGGACAAGUUUGAAAAUGUAGCCUACUUAGAUAGUUGUUGGCAUAGAUUCUGCUUUCGAUGUGUGCAGGAGUGGUCCAAAAACAAAGCAGAAUGUCCCCUCUGCAAACAGCCUUUUCAGUCAAUUCUGCACAGUAUGAGGUCUGAAGAUCACUAUGAGAUAUAUAUAGUAAGACCUUCAGAAGCUGAUGCUUUUGCUAAUCCUCAUGGGCGACGAUUCCGUUACCGGACUACACUAACAAGGGAACGUCGCACAUCAAUUUAUCCUCGAAGAACAUCCUCAUCUAGAAGAACACUGCCUCCUCCAAAUAAUGGGAUAUUGUUUGAAGGAUUGUCGAAUCAGCCAACAAGGCACAGAGAUGUAGAAAUGCAUCAGAUGAUCAAACGCCUUGCGUCAAGGCGACAGGCUAGUUUGGAAGGCCGAUCUAUGCGACAGAUUCAAGAACAGGAGAUAAUUAACUUUCGAAAAGCUCUAUAUCGCUCUGGUACUCGUGUUAGAAGCAUUGAAGAUGGAGGACGUUAUAGAGACACAUCAGCUGAAUUUUUUCGCAGGAAUCCUGCCUGUCUUCACAGGCUGGUCCCGUGGCUAAAGCGUGAACUUACUGUCUUAUUCGGCGCUCAUGGAUCUCUUGUCAAUAUUGUACAACAUAUUAUCAUGAGUAAUGUGGCUAGAUAUGAUAUGGAGAGCCAGGCAUUUGCUGAAGACUUAAAACCUUUCUUGCUCCAUCACACAGAACAUUUUCUGCAUGAGUUCAUCAGCUUUGCCAGGUGCCCUUUUAAUAUAGAGGCAUAUGAUCAGCAUGCAAACUAUGAUUGUCCUGCUCCUUCAUAUGAAGAAGGAAGUCGUUCUGAAUCCUCCAUUAUUACGAUCUCUCCAGAUGAGGCAGAUUCCCAACAACCAGAUCGUAAUGGCUUCACAGUUGGUAUUGGUCAGGCACCUUGGGAUGAUGAAACACCAGGACCUUCUUAUUCCAGCUCAGAGCAGGUUCGUGCUGCCAUAUCUGCUACUUUGGACACUUCAGAAAGCUCUGAUGAAGAGCCCUCUGCAAACACAAUUGAGCCUCAGAGGCAAUUACCAGUAAGUGUGGAGACCAAUGGUGACAGUGGUGAUUCCUCUGACAACUGUGUUAUUGUUGGCUAUGUGAAACCACUAGCAGAGAGAACACCUGAACUUGUUGAACUGUCUUCAGAUUCCGAGGCAUCGGCUGAUGGGGGCAAAAGUGAAGAAGUGAAAGAAGUACAGCCCAUCCAGUAUCAUAGCUUUAGUGAUACUGAUGCUAGUGGAUACUCGUCACCAUCCUCUGUAGGGUCCAGGGAUGACAGAUCCAGUUAUAAGUCACUCUCAAAUAAGUUGAAACCCAAAGGGAGUGAAAAGGACCAAACUCAAAUGAGGGAGUCUGCUAGCCAGACUUUGUUGCAAAGUUCACUCACAAAAAGAGAUGAUGAUUAUGGCUACAGAUUAUCUAAAAAAAGGAAACUGGAUGUUCAAGAUUCUCAUAGUAGAGAUCGGCAUGGCCUUAAAAGAAAGAGAAAGCAUCAUAGCCGGGAAAAGCGGAAAAGGAAGAGAGAUUGCAGCAGACGCAAACAUAGGAAGAACAAAAAGAAGUCCAGAGAUAAGAGUCUGUCUCGGAAAAGUCAAACACACUCUCCAAGUAGCGAGAGUGUUAUGUCUAGAGACCCAAGCAGAUCAAGAUCCCACAGCAGUGACUACAGUAAACAAAGGUCACAGAGUAAAGACAGUGUUGAUUACUUAAGAGAUGGUUACCAACGCAAGUGUAAAUGGAAAUACACCUUUUACCAUAGAAAUAGAGUUCCAGAUGACUAUGAACCAUCAUAUAGGAGACACACCCAGACCAGAGCACGUUAUUCAAGGCAAUCUGCCAGUCCAGACUAUAGAAUACAGUAUUUUUCUGAAAGGACAGGUAAUAAUGAAAGCAGGUAUUACUACUCUGAAAGACACAGAUCAAGAAGUCAAUCUAGUAGCAGAUCUAGAACUCCUUCUAGGGGGUCUGAGAGAAUGCGAUCUGAAAAACCUAGUGGGAAAAGGAAGUAUAAGACACGUCACUUGGAGAACGCACACAGAGGAGAAGAAGACGCUUCUGCAAAGGAAGAAAGGGCUCUUCAAAAACCUUUGCUGAAGUACAGGGACUCUUACACAAAGAAAGCUAGCUUUGUGGAUGGACAACCAGAAACUGAGAUUCUACACAGAAGGGGGAAGAAAACAUCGAGAAGCCCAAGCGUUGAGAUUAUUUAUGAAGGAAAAGCCACUGAUGCAAGACACCAUAAAAAGAAGAGGAAAAGGGAGAGAAAAACACACAAAAGCCACACGGUAAACUCUCCAUUUUCUUCUCCAGUUGUAAUUACAAUAGACAGUGACAGUGACAAAGACCCUGAAAUCCAAGAUAAUAUUGAGUGUGAUAGUAGCAUUUCCUGGAGUCCCACCAUGCAACAGAAUGACAGAGCAACAGAAUUUCCUUCACCCCUCUUGGAAACCAGAGACUGUGGUUAUGACAGAGCUAAUGAAUCAGUCAAAAUUGACAUGGACAGCAAUGUGACCACCACAAUGGAGGAUGUAGGAGAUGAGACUCCAAGUAGAGUUCCACAGCUGCCGGAAACUGCCAGUGAACAGGUAUCUAUUGUGAGAGACAGUAGUAGUUCACUUGAGACAGGCAAUCAGCCUAGCGGCAUAGAAAUGGAUGUAUGCAACCAGUUUCCAGCCACCAGAACAUCUUUGUUGUUGAGAUUGAAAAAUAAGCUUAUGGAACAUUCACAUCAACUGGACUCGCCAGAACAAAAAGUGUAACUUUUAACCUAGUCAUUUUUAAAUGUGGAAGGAAAACAACAACUUUUGAUUAGACUUUUCCUUAAAGCAAGAAAACAAAACCUCCUUGUGCUCUCUGUGGUAUGACUUAAUGGAACUACUUCUCUGUGAAGUAUGUCUCCUCCUUUAAUUUUUUGCUGAGUCCAAGAAAAAGCAGAACAUUGCUACUAUCUGCCAUACCCCUCCCUCCAGAUUAAACAUGAAAUAUUACCCUGUUCCAAACACCCACCACAUUUCUCCCCUUGUAAUAUAAGUCCCCUGGUAGUUAAUUGUGUUUAAAAUGUAAAAUUAGAAAAUCAAUUGCUGUUUUAUUUGUGAAAAGGAAAAGCAACUUCAAGUUUAAUCUAAUUUGCCAUAUCUUUGAUUUGUAUAGUUCACUUUAUGCCAAUAAGGAUCCAUGAUUGCUAUAAAUACUUUGUGUCAGAGUCUCUUUUAAACAGGCAUUUCACAAAGGUUCAAAUAAAGAAUUUCCUGACAUGUUUUAAA